CUUGAGACGUGUGAAAUGGUGUCCACACAGCGCUUACUAGAAACACUUGACAAGGCUAACUGGCGUUCCAAAGCGAGUGCAGUCUCAUUAUCGAAAAUGCUGUUCAUCUAUUCGGUCGCGCUUCUCUGCAUCGCUGUAACACUUGCCCUCAAGUACGUUUACUCGUACUGGGACCGCCAUGGGCUGCCCAGCGUGAAACCACACAUUCCAUUCGGGAACCUGAAAACCGUCGUCAAAAAGACAGAAUCGUUCGGAAUUGCCAUCAAUCAGCUGUACUGGCAGACGAAAGGUCAACUGGCUGGAAUCUAUUUGUUCUUCCGACCGGCGAUUUUGGUACGGGAUGCACAUCUGGCGCAGCAGAUCAUGACUACGGAUUUCAACCACUUUCACGAUCGUGGCAUCUACUGCAAUGAAGAGGGUGAUCCGUUUUCUGCGAAUCUCUUCGCUCUUCCAGGUAAGCGAUGGCGCAAUUUGAGGAACAAAUUGACCCCUUUGUUCACCGGUGGACAACUGCGCGGUAUGAUGCCCACAAUUUUGGAGGUUGGCGAAAAGCUGCAAAAACACCUCGAGCCAGUAGCAGAGCGACAAGAAGUGGUAGAAAUCCGAGAUAUCGUAUCUCGAUUCGUUUUGGAGAUUAUCGCGACAGUAUUCUUCGGCUUUGAAGCGAACUGUAUCGAAGAUCGUGAUGAUUCAUUCAGCAAAGUUUUACGCGAAGCACAAGGGGAACGAUUGUCGGCAGUUUUGAGAGCUGCCGCUAUGUUUGUUUGCCCUGGACUGCUUAGAUACACCGGAAUAUCAUCACUGGAGCCGCAAGUGAUUGCGUUCGUCUCGGAAAUUGUUACCAAACAAAUUGAACACAGAGAGAAGAACAGCGUGACACGUAAAGAUUUCAUCCAGCAACUGAUAGAAAUACGGAGAGGGAGUGGCGAAAAUCAAGUACCCGCAAUGAGUAUAGAACAGUGCGCCGCAAAUGUAUUUCUGUUUUACGCAGCGGGAUCUGAAACUUCUACGGGUACCAUAGCGUUUUCAAUGCAUGAGCUAAGUCAUCACGCGGAUGUGAUGAAAAAACUGCAAGACGAAAUCGACGAUGCACUCGCCAAAUCCAAUGGAGCAAUCACGUACGAGAGUGUUAUGCAGAUGCAGUACUUGGAUCUUUGCGUGAAAGAAACGCUGCGAAAGUAUCCGGGACUUCCUUUCUUGAAUCGUGAGUGCACAAUGGACUACAAAGUUCCAGAUUCGGAUCUGGUCAUCCGGAAGGGCACGCAGCUUGUGCUACCGAUUUACGGAUUCAGUAUGGACGAACAGUAUUUCCCCGAACCGGAGUGCUACAUUCCGGAACGAUUCGAAGAAGCUUCAAAAAAUUACGAUGAAAAGGCGUAUUAUCCAUUUGGGGAUGGGCCCAGAAAUUGCAUAGCUUACAGAAUGGGCGUGUUGAUAACGAAAAUCGGACUGAUUCUGCUAUUGUCGAAGUUUACCUUUGAGGCUACGCAAGGUCCAAAAAUGAUGUUCAGUUCAGCUUCAGUGCCACUUUUGCCAAAGGACGGGAUAUCGCUGAAAAUUUCGAACAGAAAAAGAUAGAAUGUAAUUUAUUUGAAAUGUGAUAUUGAUGAUCUUUUGAUUAGGGUUCAAAUUCUUAAAUUUAAAUUUAUUCGUAACAGAAUGAUAUAUUGGAAUAAAAUACAAUCUGCUAGCAUCAACUAUUGACAAUGUUAAACAACUCGUAAUUUCACAAUUUCCAUGCUGUGUUUCCUGUAAAAACGUAACACGUUGUAAACGAUAUUAUUUUAUAGACAAUCCA